AUGGCCCAGCAAAGGACGUUGAAAGAGUUGGCAGCACCAGAUCUUGACCAACUACCGCUUUGCAUCCAGUAUCCACCUUUGGAUGUUAACUUUGAGUUGAAGUUGGGCCUCAUCCACUUAUUGCCUUCUUUCCGUGGGCUGCCCGGUGAGGACCCGAAUAAACAUUUGAAGGGGUUUCAUAUUGAUGCAGCUAAAGAGUCGUUGUACUAUCUUCCACCUGGUACUGUUGAAACCUGGAAUGGUAUGAAGACUAUGUUCUUGGAACAAUAUUUUCCAGCAUUUAAAGUUGGAAGCAUAAGGAAAGAGAUCUGCAGAUUACAAUCACUGGAUAAGAGUAUGAUUGAUGCAGCAAGUGGGGGUGCACUAGUUGAUAAGACUCCUGGUGUAGCCAGGAGCUUGAUUUCUAAUAUGGCUGCUAACUCACAACAGUUUGGCAUUCGCCAAGAUCCUACUCCACUACCCAAAUCAGCUAAUGAAGUGAGCACCUCUAAUGCUAAUCAGCUUGGUCAACAAUUGUCUCAAUUAACUGCAGUGGUACAACAACUUGCUUUAGGCGAACAGGUGAGGCCAUGUGGAAUCUGUCAGGUUGUGGGGGUUGCUACUGAUACUUUCCCUACUUUCUUUGAGGGAGAGACUGAGGGUGUUAAUGCUGUAGGAAAUUUCCCUGGUCAAUUACGUCAGAUGUACUAUGAACCAUUUUCACAAACUUAUAAUCUUGGCUGGCGUGGUCAUCCAAAUCUUCAUUAUGGGAAUCAACAACAAGUUGCUCCACAAUUUACACCUGCAAGGCCACCUGGUUUCACUUUUCAACAGUGGUCUCAACAGAAUUUUGUACCCAGACCAUUGAAAGCACCGCAAGCUGCUCCACCACCAAGUGUAAAACCUUCCACUGAAGAUUUAAUCAAUGCAAUUGCUACAAAUAUGCUUCAGUUGGAAGCUCAUCUUUCUAAUAAAUUACCUUCACAACCUGAGAGGAAUCCCAAGGAGAAUGUAAGUGUGCUAACUCUACAAAGUGGUAUACAAUAUGAGCCACCCACACAACCUUCAUUGCUAGCUCCAGUGCAAAAGAAAGUAAUAGACAACUCCAUCCAUGAUGAACCAUCAAUGCAAAAAAAGUCACAUAAACCAACUAUACCAACCUAUGUCCCUCGUUCGCCUUUUCCAAGCAGAUUGAAAAAGUUUAAGAAAGAGGAAGCUAACAAGGAAUUUUUUGAGACUUUUCGCAAAGUUGAGCUAAACAUUCCAUUACUUGAUGCUAUUAAACAAGUGCCAUGUUAUGCUAAAUUUUUAAAGGAGUUGUGCACAAAUAAGAAGAAAUUGAAGGGUGAUGAAAAGAUAAGUGUGGAGGAGAACGUCUCUGCUGUUCUCCAAAAGAAGCUGCCACCAAAAUGCAAGGAUCCUGGAACCUCUACAAUUCCUUGUAUGAUUGGGAAUAAAAGGAUUGAGCGGUGUAUGAUAGAUAUAGGAGCAUCGAUUAAUGUCAUGUCAUAUUCAUCAUAUGCUUCUUCAAAUCUUGGGCCACUAAAUGAGACAGGAGUUAUUGUUCAGCUGGCCGAUCGCACUAAUGUUUAUCCUUUAGGGGUAGUUGAAGAUGUGCUGGUAAAAGAUGAUGGACUUGUCUUUCCAGCAGAUUUUUAUAUACUUGAAAUGGGGGAUGCAUCAAUACCCAAUCUGACACCAGUUUUAUUUGGGAGGCCAUUGUAA